AUGAGCCAUUCAAUCAUUGUAUCAAACGUCCCGGUGGGCGUCAGCGAUGUAUCAGUCAUGCGCUACAUCCGCGAGAUGACUGGCAACACGCCUGUAGUGCACAUGCAGCCGUUCCCCGACGAGUGCCACUACGUGAACGACAGCAACGCGACAAAGACGUUACAAAUCUUUUUUGCGACGGCCGAGGAAGCCGCGAUCGCCAACUCGCUAUUCCAGGGCUCUAGCGUUGAAGAGGACCUCACGCGUGUGCACGCGAUGUUCCAUGGCGGCCGUGAUGAGCACGUGCCCCGCUCGCUGGCUUCGCAAGACACGCCAUGGAACGAGACGCAGUCCAAGCAGCCCGCCCAGCGCUCCCGCAUCAAGAGCCUGAGCACAUAA